AACCAUCUUGCACCGAGAGAGAGAGGAGUGUUAGUGAUUACACUGAUUAGGCCAAGCAUUCUGAAGAGGAAGAGUACUCUAUCGAAGAAAAGCACAUUAAAGAGCAAUAGUGCUAACCCCAAGGCAGCACAUGUCAAAAAUACGUCAACCCAACCACAACAACCUAAUAGUAGAGAUUUCAAGGGCUUUUUCAUCAUUGGAGUCACUUUUUCACUGCAGUGAGUUUUGAAUUUUGAGCAAGAGAUAAGCUAGACGACCUGGUGGUAUUCAGGUUGCAAAGGUGUUGUUGUCACCAUCCAUAAGGACCAAGAAACUCAUAGUCACACUUGCAAAAAAAUAAAUGAAUAAAUAAAACGAGAAGAAAGUUAAACAAUGGCUCUGUUUCAAACGCAGAACAAUUUGGGAUCCUUUGGAGAGAGAAGGUCUCAUGGUUAAGAGAGCUAGCCGACAAAAUACAAGGCAAGCAAAACGACCAAAAAGGGUCUCAAAGGUACAUCUCCCGCUACACAACCAAUGAUAUUUUAAGCAAAACCUUCACAUUUUUUCACAUCUGGCAGAGAUAAUCAUGCAAUUUUAAAUCCACAGUCAUAGAGAUCCUGUCAUGCAAAGCAAAACAGACACACGUCAUAGGGAUACCAACGAUUCCAUCCAAAAUAAACCCUAACCCAUCAUAAAGCUCUGGGGUAAAAAUGUAAUGUAGCUAUCAAACACAAAUCACUAUUUAUAGACAAACAGACACUUUUAUAACAAAGGUAGAAAUAAAAUAUGCAAUUAAAUGGCCAUAUUGACAUAUUAUCGUAUCAUCAAUGCCUAAGUUAUCUAAUAUUAAUAUAACUCAGGAUGGCAGAUUAGGAUGGAAUUAAGCCGACUCACAUCACUAUUUUUUCUAGGACUUUCAUCAAAACCCCCAGAAUUUCCUUUCUAUCUCAGGAUUGUAUAUGAAGUCACAUGCAAGCAAGUGUUUAAUUAGAAAUAUCUGUCAUAUAUAUAGAGAGAGUUCACAUUCAUUUGGAAACCUAAUAAAAAAUAUGGUCAAAUUGUUGACUCUCUCUCUCUAUCUCUCUCUCUCUCUUAGGAUUUAUAAAAUAAUUUGGUAUAAAAUAUUAGAUGGUAAACCACCUCUUAUUAUAACAAAACCAAACUACAAUGGUUUCUGACCAAUCCUGAUUGGUUGUAACAGCACAACGUACAUGAUGGCUUGUGAGAAUGGAACUGAAUUGCGAAAUCCAAGGGAAACCAAGGAAAAACAAUGGUCAAAAUGCUAACAACUCUGCAAAAUCCAAAACAAAUUCCACAGCCUAAUCACAUAUCUUGACCAAAUUUGGGCAAAAAAGAGCUAAUAUUACAAGGUGGCAGCAAGAAAGUCUGUUGUGGAAUCAAUCAGCCCCAUUAAGAAAAGCUAGACAAAUCAUCAUAAGAUGCCAACUCUUUAGUUUCCUGAUCCACCACAAAAAAUCUCUCUCGUCCCCAGCCUCUCUUUUAUCUCCCCAGCCCCUGACAACAACCCAAUCUCUCGCUCCUCUCAACUCAAAACCAGACUUCUGAGAUCACUCUCUCUCUCUCUCUCUCUCUCUGUGUGCAGCUUUCCUCGUCUUAAUUAUUCCAAAGGGUUGAUCCAUCAUCGGAGGAUCAAUAACAUGGAAUGGCUAUACAUGAUGAAUGCAAGCUCAAAUUCUUGGAACUAAAAGCAAAGAGGAGCCAUAGAUUCAUCGUGUUUAAGAUAGAAGAGAAGAAACAACAGGUGAUAGUAGAGAAGGUUGGGCGUCCUGAUGAAACCUACGAUGAUUUCACUGCCUCCAUGCCUCCUAAUGAGUGCCGUUAUGCCGUCUUUGAUUUUGAUUUCAUUACCAUCGAUAAUUGCCAGAAAAGCAAGAUUUUCUUCAUUGCAUGGUCACCUGAUACAUCCAAGGUGAGGAGUAAGAUGCUUUAUGCAAGCUCAAAGGAUAGAUUCAGGAGAGAACUAGACGGAGUUCAAGUAGAGUUGCAAGCAACAGAUCCAAGCGAGAUGAGCUUUGACAUAAUUAAGGCGCGAGCUCUCUAAAUUCUAAAGAAAUCACUGUUAUCUCGCAAGCAAGCUUCGGCCUUUGUAGGCCUAUUGUUGAUUGAUUUAGAGAGAGAUGUAUACUUCUCUUCUUAUUUUCUUUCUUUUUCCUCUCCAUCUUUCUAUUGACUAAAGCUUUGGCCUUUCUUUUAUUUGUUGAUUGAUUCAUGUUACAUUCUUUUGUUGAAGCUUGUCAAAUGUAGGGAUUUCUUGGAUGUAUAGAAUCAUCAUGAGAGUUUCCUUUCUAUUCUUUUUUUCUCCUUUUGGCAAAAUCUUGUUCACAAUGGAUUAGAGGACGAAAUAAAGUGUGAAGAAAGAUGACAGUUAAAGCUGAA